AUGAAGAAAGGAGAGAGUCAAGCACCUGAUGCUAUUUUUGGCCAAUCUCGUGCAUUUGCGUUAUCAGACUCUUCAGUGAAUCCUGAUGUCAUUAAAUAUCUUAACGGUGUAAGAGAACAAGCAUUAAGAACCAACGCCAUAUCGAUUAGUAGUCAAGUGAAUCUCCAGAAGAGGACACGACACAAAUCGAGCAUGUACGACGAUGAGGAUGAAGAGGUCACCAAGAAGCGCAUUGUCUCGCCACCUUUAAGCAGACUUCAAAAGAACGCAGAUAUGUUGGUAAAGUGGUUCAAUUCCGCAAAAUAUGUGGUUUUGAACAAUGCUUACGAGUUUACGGGUUAUGAUGACGAGACGUUGAAUCAUUUACUAUUCUGUCUGAUGAAUUAUUUAAAAGACGUACCGUGCAAGAAUUCUAAAGUUGAAAAAAUUAUUAAUGUUUUAAAUGAGCAUACCUUUCCAGAAAAUGAGGAAAAUACGGAACAGAAACUAGAGUUCGAUGAAGAAUGGGCGAAGAGUAUCUUGGUACGACUGGGGAAGGCAAAUAUUAAUAAUUAUGAGGAUAUCAAAAGGAUAAUCGCAGAAGGCGAUACGCAUACACUUAGCGGGUACAACCAAUGGUUCAAAUAUAUUAUAGGUAAUGACCCACGACACACUAUGUUUUGUGAGAAGAUCACAUCCAAAGAACUUUGGGUUCUCAUGAAAUUUAUGUCAAAUACUUGGAUAAAAGAAAUCUAUAAAAAAGGAACAAACCACCGCCGUUUCCAAGAUUGGCUAUUUUAUCUACUGAUACACACACCUGAAAGGCUUACGGCGGAGUACACGAGCACGUUGAGAGACCUGGGUAAGAAAUGCCGUGAAUUGAUUCUAAAGAAGCCCGUUCAGGCUCACAAUGAUGAUAAAAUCACUCUUCCGAUGGAGAUGAAGGAGUUAGAUGUAACGGUACCACCUGCGUUGGAGAACAUGGCAAUAAUCGAAUUAGCCAUCUGUAUCAUAGCUGUUAACUAUGGGCAAAAAGACUUAUUAACAUAA